AUUUUCCGAAAAAAAAAAUAGGGGUCGAUAUCAGAUGAAAAGAUAAGGGAACUGGUGGAGUCGACGCGAUCAAUGCUGCAAAAUAUGGAGGACGGAGAAAUAAGCAUAUCUCCGUACGACACAGCAUGGGUGGCGCUGGUGGAGGAUAUUGGCGGCAGCGGCCAGCCACAGUUUCCGGCAAGCCUCGACUGGAUUUCGAAUAAUCAGCUGGACGAUGGGUCAUGGGGCGAUAGCAAAACCUUUUUGGCUCACGACAGGAUAAUUAACACGUUAGCAUGUGUAGUUGCCUUAACAUCAUGGAAAAUGCACCAGGAGAAAUGCAAUAGAGGGAUUUCAUUUAUGAAAGAGAAUAUAUACAAGCUUGAGGAUGAAAAUGAGGAGCACAUGCCUAUAGGGUUUGAAAUGGCAUUGCCUUCACUCAUUGAGAUCGCCAAAAAUCUCGGCAUCGAUAUCCCACACGAUUCCCCGGCCUUGCAAGAGAUUUAUGCCAAAAGAGAUUUAAAGCUCACAAGGAUACCAAGGGAUAUAAUGCACAAAGUCCCCACAACAUUACUCCAUAGCUUGGAAGGGAUGAAAGGACUAAACUGGGAAAAGCUAUUAAAGUUACAAUCUGCCGAUGGAUCGUUUCUUUUCUCUCCGUCGUCCACUGCAUUUUCUCUGCAGCAAACGAAGGAUCAAAAUUGCCUUCAAUACUUGCUUAACCAAGUCCGAAGAUUCAACGGCGGAGUUCCGAAUGUUUACCCGGUGGACUUGUUCGAGCAUCUAUGGGCAGUAGACCGGUUGCAAAGGCUAGGAAUUUCGCGAUAUUUUCAAUCCGAAAUUGACGAUUGUGUUGAUUAUGUUCACAAAAACUGGACAAAUAAAGGAAUAUGCUGGGCAAGAAAUUCCGAGGUUCAAGACAUCGACGACACCGCAAUGGGAUUCCGGCUUUUGAGGCAGCAUGGUUACCACGUUUCCGCAGAUGUGUUCAAACAGUUUGAAAAUGGCGGAGAAUUCUUUUGCUUCGCGGGACAGUCGAACCAGGCUGUCACCGGAAUGUACAACCUUUAUCGGGCUUCUCAGAUUAUGUUUCCGGCAGAAAACGUACUUGCUAAUGCCAAAACAUUUUCCGCAAAAUUCUUACAAGCAAAGAGAGCUAAUAAUGAGCUUCUAGACAAAUGGAUUAUUACGAAAGACCUUCCUGGAGAGGUGGGAUAUGCGCUAGAUGUUCCAUGGUAUGCGAAUCUACCUCGAGUCGAAGCCCGAUUUUUCUUGGAACAAUACGGAGGCGAAAACGACGUCUGGAUCGGCAAAACCUUAUAUAGAAUGCCAUAUGUGAAUAACAACACAUACCUUGAGUUAGCAACAAUUGACUUCAACAAUUGCCAGGCUCUCCAUCAGCAAGAGUGGAAAACCAUUCAAAAAUGGUAUAGAAAUUGCAAUCUUGGGGAGUUUGGUUUGAGUGAGAGAAACCUUCUUCUAUCUUACUUCAUAGCCUCCGCAAGCGUUUUCGAGCCGGAAAAAUCAAACCAACGCAUCGCUUGGGCUAAAACCGUCAUUUUAUUGGAGACGAUUAAAUCACAACAACUUUCCACCGAACAAAAACGGGAGUUUGUUGACGAAUUCGAACAUGGGAGCAUCCUCAAAUUCGCAAAUGGAGGAAGGUAUAAAACAAGAAAGAGCCUGAUAGGGACACUGAUCAGAACUGUGAGUCAAAUCUCGAUGGACACACUAUUGGCGCAUGGCAUCGACAUCCAUCACCAAUUGUAUUGUGCGUGGCUAAAGUGGCUGAAGAUAUGGGAACAAGACGAAGGAGCUGAUAUUGGGCAAGCCGAGCUGCUCGUCACCACAUUGAAUCUGAGCAGCAGUGGAUUACAAUUCGAUGAAUUAUUACUUUCUCAUCCGAAAUACCAACAGCUCUUAGAGAUCACUAGCAGCGUUUGUCAACAUCUUCGCCUAUUUCAAAGCCGAAAGGUGGAGGAUGACAAAGGGUGUAUGACUGAUAUGGGAGGCGUUACAAGUAUAGAAAUCGAGUCGGAGAUGCAAGAGCUUGUGGAAUUAGUGCUUACGAAAUCUUCUGGAGAUUUAGAAUAUCAGCUUAAGCAGAAUUUUCUUCUGAUUGCUAAAAGUUAUUACUAUACUGCAUAUUGUAAUCCUGGAACUAUCAACUUCCACAUAGCUAAAGUACUGUUCGACAGAGUGGUCGUUUGAAUACAAAAUUGUAAAUUAAGAUGUGAUGAUUAUUUAUCACAUAGGAGUUAUUCCUUAGUACUGAUUUUAUUAAAAAUCUCUUAUUGAUUCUAAAUUUAUAAUUAAUGAAGAUGCU